GGGGCUUCAUUGGGCACGGGGGGUUGGCCUGGGCUGAGUCCCAUUGCCGUACCUAUCGAGUCCUCAGCCAGGCUCACUCACUCACUCCUCACAUUAAUAUUGUCCAUUCGCAUUCUGGCUCAGAGCUGCUCACGUCAACAUCCUCACCUCUCUUUGCUUCACUUCAUAUCCCCAUCUUCACUCUGUCAUUCUCCUCACAGUUUCAUGUGUAUUUCCUUGGAUCAACAGCUUCACACCCCCGCCUCUCGCUUCUAAUCUAAUCUGAUCUGCUUCUCCUCUCUCCACCACCCCGCGGCGUUAACCUUAUCCCUCCGACCGGAGUUCAACCGCAGCUUCCUUGGUUGCGCAUCGUCCCUCGACAAGUCGACAACAAAGCAGAUCAGAGCUAUAUAAUACAAUAAUCGAGGGCGCCUGCCGACAAGAGCCUCAUUCACUUGGUCCGCUCGAGUCGGACGUCGCUCCAAGUCCGCGGUUCUAUCAAUCUCACCGCUCAACAACCCCACCUUGAUUCCUCCGUCCUCUCAGGCCAUCAUGGCUCCUUUCCACCAAAACAACACCAUACUCUCGCAACAAACUAGCGACCAGAUUUCUGGUAGUAGGUCUGCGAGAAUCACAGAUAUGGCACAUCCAUCAGGCGUUGCGCGGGUGCGGAACGAUGAGUCCUGGGUCGAGAUAGCAUCUCAACCAUCGUCCUCAUCCCUCUCAUCAAUCGGCGACGAGAUAGUAACAACUGGUUUACGCGUACAACAUGAUCCCAACUCUCGCAGACGGCGGAGAGCACCAGGACAACCAUCAUACAUCAGCCUAGAAACUAGACAAACCAGUACAAGCAGUCAAGAAGAAUACGAGGAGAGUGAUAGCGAGUCCGACCGAGUAAUGACCAGCUCAAAUGAACAAAUUCUACCUACAACAUCACACCGCGAAUUUGAUGCUGGGUCUGGAUCAGAGUCAGAUGACGACGAUGAGAAUGCCACGGCGUUAGGACGGAGAACAGACGCAGGACAGGCAUUCACACCACAACCAAACGCAUUCUCCCAUCCACCAUCUCAAAGACCCGGUGUACCAGGCUCCUACUUCCCACCUCAUUCCAACACCCGACAAUCAUACCCACCUCGAACAACACGCCAACACUCAGUCUACAACAAUACCGUUGACCACGAUGCCGCCCUUCGAGCCUCACUUAAUACCCUACUUUCCAUCGGCGCAGCAGCUGCUCGAGGCCUCCCCAAGCGUAACCAGAGUGGUAACACCAUGACGUGCAAUGAACCGAUGGGUCUACGCUUCGUCCCGGAAUCGGAAUUAAUGGCCCCACCUACCGCGGCAGCAAACACAUCUCGUCCACUUUCCCCUUCAACCCGCGCACGAAGCAGUCCGUCUAUCUCGAGCCAAGAGGCAGUCGAGAAAGGAAAACGGAAAGCAGCCGCUACCAAACCAGCAGGCGAGAAGAGCAGAGCGUUGAAGAAGAAGAGGGUGCAGGUUCUAGAGGAGGAGAGUAUGAUCUCGCCGACUUUGUUGACCUGGGUUAUGUCUGCGGGCGUGGUAGUGCUGGUCAGUGUAGUGGGCUUUGGAGCGGGGUAUGUGAUUGGACGGGAGGUUGGGAGAGGAGAAGCCAUGACUGGAUUGAAUGGGUCGAGUAUGGCCAGUGGAGGAGGGGGAUGUGGGAGGGAAGUUGCGAGGGGAAGUACAGGUAGUUUGCGGAGGUUCAAGUGGGGUAUUGGAGGCGCUGCGAGGGGUGUUGUGGCUUGAAAGCGGUGGUCCGAAGAAAGGCAUAUUUUGGAUAUGUGUGUUUACGCUCAAGGCGAGACACACCCAGCUCUACAAUCUUCAGGGUAACCAUGCAGAAGACAGAUACAAAGUCCUCUUCACGCUGAAUCACAGCGGAUCAGACACUCCUCGGAGAUCGACACGAUAUCAUGAAAAAUGAUAUCACGCAUUACGAAUCAAGAAGGGGGACGGUGGCAGCAUUGAUUUGGCAAUCAUACCUAUUUCUGGCGUUCGGGCGGGAGGUCGCCCAUCACAGCUUACUACAUUAUACUCACAUGCAAGCAAGCAAGCAAGCAAGCAAACAAUACAAUACAAUACAAUACAAAGCUUCAAAUCAAAUCAGACUAUAUCAUAUCAUAUCAUAUCACCUGGGCCGUGGCGUUUCGACUCGACUUUUCGGCAUGGGAUUUAGUAAUUAUUGGAUCUGGCUUCUGGCUUCUGGAUUUCUGGCGUUUUUUUCUUUUUUUUUUCUUACUAUGAACACUGCUACAGCGGUACAGCGGGGACAGCGGGGACAGCGGGGGCAGACAGGCAGAUCAUCGAAUUUUCGGAUCAGAGUAGCAUGAAGGGAAUGGAACUCGGGAUUGGAGAUGGGAUGGGAUAGGGAUAGGAUGAGAUAUAUUAAAGUAUGAAUAUAAAAUUUGAAAUUUAAAAUUCUUCUAAGCG